GUUCAGUUGGAGAGGAGGAUGAGGUGUCCAUCAAGGAAGCAGCCGAGAGCAUCGUAGCAGCCAUGGAGUUUAAGGGAGAGCUGAUUUUCGACAGCACAAAGUCUGAUGGGCAGUUCAAGAAGACUGCGAGUAACCACAAGCUCAGGAAAUACCUGCCGGACUUUCAGUUCACCCCCUUCAAUAAAGUAUUUUCAGUUACCUGCUUGGAGUGGUUUGGUUCCUGGGCCUGGCAUUCCACCCUUUCACCCUGCGCUCCUAUAUCUCCCACAAUUCCAUGGGAUCUACUAUGGUGGAGGAGCAGUUUGUGUCGGGGGAGAGAGCCGUCUCCUACGCCCGGGAGUUUGCAGCUCACAAAAAGUCAGCUGGAUGGUGAAAGGUACUAAUGUGUAUGGAAUAUUGAGAGCUCCACGUGCUGCCAGUACAGAGUCUUUGCUUCUGAGUGUUCCUUGUAGUGAAGGACAGAACAAUAACCAGGCUGUUGGCCUUCUCUUGGCACUGGCCUCGUACUUCAGAGGGAAGAUCUACUGGGCUAAGGAUCUCAUCUUCCUGGUGAAUGAACACGAUCUGCUUGGGAUGAAGGCCUGGCUGGAAGGUUACCAUGAUGUGAAUGUGACAGAUCGUUGGGCCCUAUUCCAAUAUCGCCAACUCAAGGAUGAAGUGCAUUGUUCUCCUUCUGGUUUGCUUCUCUAUCGGAUGGGUUCACUCCACCCCACAAAAAAAGUUAAUGUUGCAAAAUUUGGAGAAGCCUCACAGAGCUCAGAUUACAGACCUGAGUACAAUGCUGCUGCUGCUGUCGAUGGUGAUAGAGACUCAAAUAUGAUGGCGGGUUCAUGCUCCCUUACUGGUAACGACAAGCCAUCUUGGUGGCAGUUGAACCUAAAGCACAGGUACAAAGUGGAGAAGGUGGUGAUAGUGAACAGAGGAGACUGCUGCAGUGAGCGCCUUUUGGGAGCCCAGAUCCGUGUUGGAUUCACAGCCAAUCUGAAGAACCCACUAUGUGGCACCGUAACUGAUGUCUCUGAAGAAACCAUCACUCUGUCCUGUCACGGGAUGGUGGGUCAGUACGUCACUGUGUCUAUUCCUGAACGUGAGGAAUAUCUCCAGCUCUGUGAAGUGGAGGUCUAUGGGAACAAAUACAGCCCUGUUGUACCAGUCCAUGAGGAAUCGGAGGAAGAUGUACUGCAAGACAUAGGCAAUUUAUAUAAACAGUAAAGAACACCUUGGUUUAUUAAUCUGCUGAAUCUGCAGUGAAACAAUAAAUAGAAAUUCUGGUUCA